GCGAGGCCCCGACGCAUCCCCGCUCCCACGCUUGCACCAAAGAGUGGCCCCCCCGGGUUGCCGGCGCGGACCAUGAUGGACCUGAAGGUGGACGAGGAGGAGGUGGACAGCGGGCAGCCGGUGAGCAUCCAGGCCUUCGCCAGCAGCUCCACCCUGCACGGGAUCUCACACAUCUUUUCCUACGAGCGGCUGUCGCUGAAGCGCGUGGUCUGGGCGCUCUGCUUCAUGGGUUCACUGGCGCUGCUCGCCCUCGUCUGCACCAACCGCAUCCAGUACUACUUCCUCUACCCUCAUGUCACCAAGCUGGAUGAGGUGGCUGCCACCAGGCUCACCUUCCCCGCUGUCACCUUCUGUAACCUCAAUGAAUUCCGCUUCAGCCGGGUGACCAAGAACGACCUGUACCACGCCGGUGAGCUCCUCGCCCUGCUCAAUAACAGGUACGAGAUCCCAGACACGCAGACAGCUGAUGAGAAGCAGCUGGAAAUCCUGCAGGAUAAGGCAAACUUCCGAAACUUCAAGCCCAAACCUUUCAAUAUGUUGGAGUUUUAUGACCGUGCCGGCCACGACAUCCGGGAGAUGCUGCUCUCGUGCUUCUUCCGCGGGGAGCAGUGCAGCCCCGAAGACUUCAAAGUGGUGUUCACACGCUAUGGGAAGUGCUACACCUUCAAUGCAGGGCAGGACGGCAAACCCCGGCUCAUCACCAUGAAAGGGGGCACUGGCAACGGCCUGGAGAUCAUGCUGGACAUCCAGCAGGACGAGUACCUCCCAGUGUGGGGGGAAACAGAUGAGACCUCAUUUGAAGCCGGGAUCAAGGUGCAGAUCCACAGCCAGGAUGAGCCUCCACUCAUCGACCAGCUGGGAUUCGGUGUGGCACCCGGCUUCCAGACCUUUGUGUCCUGCCAGGAGCAGCGGCUCAUCUACUUGCCACCUCCCUGGGGCGACUGUAAGGCCACAACGGGUGACUCGGAGUUCUACGACACUUACAGCAUCACGGCCUGCCGCAUCGACUGCGAGACCCGCUACCUGGUGGAGAACUGCAACUGCCGCAUGGUGCACAUGCCAGGUGAUGCCCCUUAUUGCACCCCAGAGCAGUACAAGGAGUGCGCAGAUCCAGCCUUAGAUUUCCUGGUGGAGAAGGACAAUGAGUACUGUGUCUGUGAGAUGCCCUGCAACGUCACCCGCUAUGGCAAAGAGCUCUCCAUGGUGAAGAUCCCCAGCAAAGCCUCCGCCAAGUACCUGGCCAAGAAGUACAACAAGUCGGAGCAGUACAUCGGGGAGAACAUCCUGGUGCUGGACAUCUUCUUUGAAGCCCUGAACUAUGAGACGAUCGAGCAGAAGAAGGCCUAUGAGGUGGCUGGAUUGCUGGGUGACAUCGGAGGACAGAUGGGGUUGUUUAUCGGGGCCAGCAUCCUCACCGUGCUGGAGCUGUUUGACUACGCCUAUGAGGUGAUCAAGCACCGGCUGUGCCGGCGGGGCAAGUGCCGCAAGAACCACAAGAGGAACAACACGGACAAAGGCGUUGCGCUGAGCAUGGAUGACGUGAAACGCCACAAUCCCUGUGAGAGCCUACGGGGUCACCCGGCCGGCAUGACGUACGCAGCGAACAUCCUACCUCACCACCCGGCCCGGGGCACCUUUGAGGACUUCACCUGCUAACCGACGUCUGGAUGUACAACAACCCGAGCUACCAAAGCCCUCCGGAGAGCUGCCCUUCUCCCAGAGGAGAGACACAGCCAGGGGACCUCGCUCAAAGCCACGGCGGGAUGCGGACAAGAGCGGCGGC